AUGAGCGCCAACGACUACCGACCGCUUUUGCGCAACGGCGCGGGGGGGAACAACGGCGACUCCCCAUUGGCUGGCGGUGACGUGGAACUGGCUGCGGAUAAGAUCGAAUCUGCAGUGAUGGUGUCUCCCGCGUCGCCCACCGCGCUGAUUUCGCCGCGUAGCAUGAAUUUCAGCGAGAGGGUUCCGCCUGAAUGGGCCGUGCUGCUGCUUGGAUGUGCGCUCGGCCUCGCCACAGGAGCCAGCGUCGUCCUUUUCAACUUGGCGGUAG